GUAGACAACAAGGACUUGUUACAAGGCUAAAAUAAAACUCAUAUGAACUUCACUGGGGCUAUGGCGGAGGACUCAAAGAACGUUUCUGCUGAUGGCGAAGCACAAGACAAGCCACCAAAGGAAGAUGAAAGCGACUCCGACUCCUGGCUCGAGGAGGACGAGGAGGAUGAAAUAUGGGAGAGCCUAGACGACACGCCACAAAAGGUUGACGACAAGCUGUACAUCGGCUCCAUGGCUACGGAGCACAACUACGACGGACUCAAAGCCGCGGGCAUUAGCCACGUGCUGCAGGUGGCUGAGGGCCUGACGCCCAGCCACGCGGGCGAGGGGCUGCUGUACCGCGGCGUGCAGGUGGCGGACGCGCCCGGCGAGGACCUGGUGGCGCACUUCAGCCGCUGCUUCGAAUUCAUACGGGAGGCGCACGACAGCGGGGGCAGUGUGUUGGUCCACUGCGUGGCUGGCGUGUCCCGCAGCGCCACGGUGGUGAUGGGCUGGCUGAUGUGGCGCCACCACCUCACAGCCGACGAGGCCUUCCGCCGCGUGCACCGCGUGCGGCCCUGGGUGAUGCCCAACCCCGGCUUCCGCAAACAGCUGGAGCGAUUCGGCGAGCUGGGCUGCGACCUGAGCAAAUGGACUGCGUGGCGGCACGUGUGGCGCGAGGAGCCGCUCACACUGGUGCUGCAGUCCUUCCAGCGCAGCACCGCCAUCAGCGGACUCAACGGCGAGCCGCUGCCGUCGCUCUGACAGCGCCACGGCAGGGAGGAGGGCGCGAGUGGAGCAGAGCCCGCAGCAAGGGGCGGCAGGGGGGCGGUGGCGGGGCGUGGCGGGGCGGCAGCCGCGAGACGGGGCGGGGCGGGGCGGGGCGGGGCGGGGCGGGGCGGGGCGGGGCGGGGCGGGGCGGGGCGGGGCGGGGUCACGUCGUAGCCACAGCGUCGGAGCCGGCCGGCGGCACGGGCGGCGCCAGGGCAGACGGCAGGCGUGCGGGGUCGCGGCGGCGGCGGCAGGACCCCGGCGAGGGAUGCGCAGCGGCGGCGGCGGCGGCCGCAUGGUCGGGUCCCGGGCGCUGCGGCAGGACCACUGUGGCGCGGUGCAGCCACGGCCGCGACGGCUCGCCCCCGCGGCCGGAUGUCGCCGCGCCUCGCCACUGCGCCGACGUCGCAGCGCUGGCGGUCGACAGCCAGUGUUUGGCGCCGUCCUGGUGCUGUCUUGGCGCCGUCCUGGUGCUGUCUUGGCGCCGUCCUGGUGCUGCCUGGCGCUGCCUGCUAGCGCUUGGUGCUGCUGUUCCGAAGGCGGGUGGGGGGGGGCACCGGGCAGCGACGGCACGUGACUUGGGUUGCGUUGACAGGGCAGCGAGGCGGCUGCGGCAGAGCGCGUGAGCCUUGGCGUGCUGCUACAACAUAAACGGAAGAAGACCCGGCCAACACUGGAGUUGCUCACCUGUUUUUGUGUAUGUUGAAACGAAACGAAUUGCCCGAGAGCCCGCGUGUGUGUUUUGUGUGUAUGUGUGUGUGUGUGUGUGUGUGGUUGUGCGCUAGCGCGUGUGGCCUGCUAGGCGCUUGUGACGAGUGCCGAUGGGUCCCGGGAGAGACGCACGCCGCUGGCCUCGGUGGCGUUACGCCGCAUCGGGUGCGCCGCGCACGCCCAUCACCGGAUUUGCCUGGGCGGCUGAGUGCAGGCGCAUGGGGUGUUGAGAUCACACAGCACGCGGGCUCACAACUUGGUGUGAGCGUGUGCGUCAGCGUGUGUCUCGUGUUUGACCCUGCUUUAUUACUGAUUACUGCAUACUUCUGGUCUCUCGUCGUAACUGAAUACACGAUGGGGCUCGCAACGAACCCAAUUGGGGUCAUGAUGAUCGUGCUAUCCCAAUCGCGUUGACUUUGGCGAUCAAUUGCAUGACCCAGCGAGAGCAUCAUCCAAUCUACUACCAUGGGGAAAGCUACCCACGGUUUUUCAGUGCACGCACUGUGGCGGGCAAUCACCGCCGACUCGGAAGUUUGUGCGCUGUUUAAGGGAGGCUUGAUAAAGACUGCCGGUGUGCUGUUCUGCUGCAUGUGUUGGUUUGUGCACGUUUUGGGUGCCUGACGGGCCGUGGCGGUUGCCUGACGGGCCGUGCGUCUGUCUUUGAGCACGUCAUCCUUCUGUCAUGUGUCAUGUGGCGCGAAGAAUAAUGCGGUGUGCCACCGCUCAUCCGGCAACGCGUUGGCUCCUCCCGAUAUUCAGUGCACUGGUGCUUCGGUCGGCGCAGCAGCCGCGGCAGCCUGCAGCCUGACGGGAUCCAAGAUCUUUUCUUUCAAGCUAUAACUAAGAUGUGGUGGGGGUGCAUGGGGCUGUUGGCUGCGAAGGCCUCUCUGCGGGUGUCUCAUACAAUCCCUUGUGGGUAUGGAAAAGUCGGCAUUGUCCUCCGUCACGGAAUGGACGUGUCGUGCGGAUUGUUGCUGACCGGUUGUCUCCGAAGUGGUUGUGUCUAUGUGGCCGGCUAGACGGGGCGGGCAGGGCCGAGCGGGCGAAGGUCUGGGGCGCUGUGCGAGGGGUGCCUUGCGGUCACGUAUGUGGUCGGUGGCUUGCCAAGGUGCUGUGUCGGUGGCGAGCAAAACCCUUGGGCAUAUUGUGUAUAAUUGAACGAUUGCGGUACCGUAUUAGGUAUGGAGGCAAGGGCCCGCCCGCAUGUUGCACAGGCACCGCCUGGUCGCCGUCCCUGGGCUGACCCUGGCAGGUGCAGAGGCAGGGGCAGUGAUGCAGCACGAACAUGGAUGCUAGGCAGUACGCUGGGGGGGGGGGGGGGAGUGACUGAGCGUAGAGCGGGGUUGUGUGGGUGUGGAAGGGGCCCGCGUGGCACGCACGCCGCCGCAGUGCACGCGCCCCCGUCUGACCCCAUCAGCCCGUGCCUUGCCUGAGGCAUGCAGGCUGACGUGGGUGUGGGUCAGCUGUGGGCCGGAGGUGUCCUCCAAUGAAGCUGGCCACCAUGUUUCGGUUUUGGAGCCCUGGGAACUUACUGCGGACGACUUUACACGGGGGGUUGUGUCAGUAAUAAUAAAAGUAGCAAUCAAAAUCGAGGUGCGGGAUUGCAAGAGGGCCAUGCAGGGCUCGUUAUUGAAGAGGAAUGGAGGGAUGUUGCCAGCGGCCGUGGAUGGAGCUCGGCAGUGUGUGUAUGUGUGGGUUUGUGUGCUGGCCGAGCUAGCACUGGCAGUGCCGUUCUCCGGGCACGGGGCAACCGGCGGCGCGCAAGUUGAGUUCCGACAUGUGUGUGCGGGCCCGGGAGUGGAAUGGCGAGGCUGUGCCGCAUUUGCAGGGGGGGCUGUAAUACGUGUCAGCAGCACGUUGCCCAGAAGCCUGGGUGUACUUACACGCGCUGUAAUGAAGCUGCGUUGGACGUGCUUUCUGUGAGUUACGGUGUGGCGAGGUUUGAUUUGACAUGAUUGGUGUCGUUCGGUGAUGGGCAUUCUCCAGGUCACUGCAUCUGCGCCGCGACGACGCAGGAGAGAGUGAGGGCGCAUACGCCUGCGCGCUGCCGCUGAGCGCGGCUGAAGCUAUUGAUAUCGAGUGGUGGAGGUUGUUCGGAGAACAGUUUGGAGAGUGGAGGGUGGCACAUGUUCUGUCCAUGGUCUGGGGCAGCUGUGGGAUAUGGCCAGUGUGUCACGCGUCUCCGCUGCCAGGGUCAAGCGACUUCAUGACUGCUGAGUGGCUUCUGAGGCGGAAAGGUAGAGUGCUUGACUGCUUAAGGAUAUCGUCGG